AUGGUCGCCACGCCUUCCGUCAGCAUGGCGCUUCGACGCGCGCCCGCGCUCGCCGUCUCGACCGCACCCAUCCGAUCUCUCCACUCGACUCGCAUCGCUCGUGCUGGUGCAUCUUCCUCCUCUUCGACCGCAGAAGACUACCCAUCCGAGAACUUUGGCGCUCCCAUCUGGCGCUGGACCUUCCUCGGUGCCGUUGCCGUCUUUGGCCUCUACCGCAUUUCUACCCUCCACGCCGACCCGCACCCCUCGAGAGCCUCGUCCUCGGGCCGUUCCGCACCAGGCAACGAGUCGGAAGACAACCUGCACGUCGAGGGUGAGAAGCCAUGGCUCACGCGCUACAUCGAAAACUGGACUACGCCCUCGAGCGUCUGGAAGGAGCGCAACGCUAGGCACUUGGAGCUGGUCAAGGAGAAGGCCGAGGAGAGGCUCCUCUUCCAGGACGCAGAACGUCCGCCCGUUCACCGAUUGCGUUAUACUCAGAUCUUUGAGCAGGCAUCGCCUCACGCCGUCGCCCCCGGCUCGCAAGCCGACCUCUCGGAUCUCAAGAUCAAGCGGGCUUCCGAGUAA